AUGAGAAGGAGUAUUUGGGGUGGGGGUCGUAAGGUUCCUCCUUGUACCCAUGGCUGGGAGCAUAAGAAGGAGCAGCAUGGUAGGCUGGAGCUGGGGCGUGAUAAGCUGGAGCUGGUGCGUGAUAAGCUGGCGCAGGUGCGUGAUAAGCUGGAGCUGGUGCGUGAUAAGCAGGGGCGGGAGCAUGAUAAGCAGGGGCUGGUGCGUGAUAAGCUGGAGCCGGGGCGUGAUAAGCUGGCGCAGGUGCGUGAUAAGCUGGAGCUGGAGCGUGAUAAGCUGGAGCUGCUGCGUGAUAGACUGGCGCUGGGGCGUGAUAAGCAGGUGCUGGAGCGUGAUAAGCCGGUGCUGGAGAUUGAUAAACCGGUGCUGGAGCGUGAUAAGCUGGCGCUGGAGCCUGAUAAGCAGGCGCAGGAGCGUGAUAAGCCGGCGCUGGCCGUGGUGAGUAGGAGUAGGCGCUCUUUCCACCAAAGCUUGGUUCUACGUAGAUAG